GUGAUGCCACGCUAUGCGCUCAGGUCGUGCCUCAUGUGACGUUGCCUUACAUGCUCGAUGCUACUAUGGCAAGAAAUCUCUUACAAUCUGUUGUCUAUAAAUACGGGGGUACUUUCCCCGAGAGGACAGCAUCGUUCGCAGCAUUCCGCUCUUCGUCGACAAAGAAAGGAACUGAUCUGGCAUGGCUCCUAUGACUAUUGACGACUAUACUUGGCCGCCGCAAGACAAUGGUGAUAAGCUGCCUUGGCCGUCUCCGCCGCCUGGUCGGUUUCUUCCCGUCUCUCUUCCGAACUGGGAUCCUACGAAGAUCGUCAGCUUGGAUACUCAAGCAGUAGGAGCAGGCCAUGGUGGGACGAUUCCCCAGCUCUCCCGAGUCACUCUGGUCGACUAUCGCGGUCAAAUCAUGUUCGACCUUUGGAUCCGGCCACAGAGUCCUGUCACUGGGCCACCAAGAAACCAGACUAUGGCACCUGAGGGGGUUGAAGCACUAGGCUUUGAGGAAGUUCAAUCACUUGUGGGAGAAGUCCUGGAGGACAAAGUGAUUGUCGGACACUCUCUGUGGGAAUCGCUUUCCAUAUUGGGACUUUCUCACCCCGCAUCCUUGACCCGCGAUGUGGAAUUGUAUUGGCCUUUUCGUCUUCGUCUCGGCACUCGUGAACAUGUGAGACUGGCGUCAUUGGUUUGGCAUUUUAUGCGGAGGCAUAUACAAAGAGCUCGUAUUGACUCACUUGAGAACGCCCGCGCUCAGAUCGAUCUCUAUCGCUCGGUCGAACGUGAGUGGGAGGGUUAUCUGCAACACAAUCUAUGGCCCUGUGUCUUACCUCCCGAACGGUGGGCGCGUUGCUACACCUAAAUAUUUCCGGUGCGCGCUUUCGCAAUUCCGGUGCACGCGGAAGCCUAUCAAGGAGCGUGUAGGAGGGCAGCUUGCCUUUUUAAAUUCAACUUGGCGGCACAGGGGUGUAAU